UCUAUGGUGCCCCGCGGCCCCCUCUCUAUGAUCCGAGGGAUGGCCAGGUCUCAAUCCCCUCCCACGUUGUCACUGGGAGGGCCGGGCCUCGGGGAAUGAGCCCGGACUCCGGGUAGAUAAGCCGAUCCUGCCGAAGCUGCAGGCAGGAAGACUUCUGCCUGCCUGCCUGCCAGCUGGAGGAGCUGGAGGGAGAGGAGGAAGCCCGGGGGCCAAGGAUAAAGGGGCUCUGCCCCACUCUGCUGGCAGCACCAUGCCACUGGCCACUGCCAAAGUGGCCGCCCGGCUGGCACAGGGGGUCACCGCCAAGAGGGCAGCUGUCGCGCUCUUGGUGGCCGCUUAUGGUGCCAAGAAGCUGUACCCUGUCCUGCGGCAACAGUGGGCUGCCUCGGACCUAGGGGCCAACGCAGGAAGAGGUGGAGAGCCCCUGGGCAAGUGGGGGCCAGCAGAUGAUGCCACGGCAGCACCCCCAGGGGUGAACAGGGUGUUCUUUGUCCGCCUGCUGCGUCUCCUGAGGAUGCUCUUCCCCGGGCCACUGUGCCAGGAGACAGGGCUGCUGGCCUUGCAUUCGGCUGCCUUGGCUAGCCGCACCUUCCUCUCUGUGUACGUGGCCCAGCUGGAUGGACGCUUGGCCCGCUGCAUUGUCCGCAAGAACCCCCGUGAGUUCACGUGGCAGCUGCUCCAGUGGCUCUUGAUUGCUCUGCCAGCCACGUUUGUCAACAGUGCCAUUCGGUAUCUGGAGGGUCAGCUGAGCCUGGCUUUCCGGGGGCGCUUGGUGGACCAUGCCUACAAGUUCUACUUUGAAGGCCAGACGUACUACCGGGUCAGCAACAUGGACGGACGCCUGCGCAAUCCCGACCAGUCGCUCACGGAAGACAUGGUGGCCUUCGCUAGCUCCGUGGCCCACCUCUACUCCAACCUGACCAAGCCGGUGCUCGACCUCAUCGUGACCUCUUACACCUUGGUCAGCUCAGCCCACUCGAAGGGAGCCGGAGCGACCUGGCCAUCCCUUAUUGCCGGCCUGGUGGCCUGUCUCACCGCCAAGGUGCUGCGUGCCUGUUCGCCAAAGUUUGGCCAACUGGUGGCUGAGGAGGCCCGUCGGAAAGGGGAGCUUCGCUACAUGCAUUCCAGGGUUGUGGCCAAUUCUGAAGAGAUUGCCUUCUAUGGGGGGCACAAGGUGGAACUGACCCUCCUGCAGAAGUGUUAUCAGGAGCUGGCCUCCCAGAUCAACGUGCUGCUCCUUGAGAGACUCUGGUAUGUCAUGCUGGAGCAGUUCCUCAUGAAGUACGUGUGGAGUGCUGCCGGACUCGUCAUGGUGGCUGUGCCCAUUAUCACAGCCACUGGCUACUCUGAGACGGAUACGGAGGCGGUGAAGCAGGCGAUGCUGGAAAUGGAAGAGAAUGAGUUGGUGAGCAUGAGGACGGAGGCCUUCACCACCGCCCGGAGCUUGCUGAAUGCGUUAGCAGAUGCCACCGAGAGGGUCAUCUCCUCCUACAAAGAGGUCACAGAGCUGGCGGGAUACACGGCCCGCGUCUAUGAGAUGUUCCAAGUGUUUCAGGAUGUGAAAUGCGGCAACUUCCGGCGUCCUGGAGAGCUGGAGAAAGGGGCGCCUCGAGCCGGAGCCGUGAUGAAGCACGGUGUGCGAGUUGAGGGGCCACUGCAGAUCAAAGGCCAUGUGGUUGAUGUUGAACAAGGGAUCAUCUGUGAAAAUAUCCCCAUCAUCACCCCCACGGGAGACGUGGUGGUCAGCAGCCUCAAUAUCCGGGUAGAGGAGGGCAUGCACUUGCUGAUCACUGGCCCCAACGGCUGCGGGAAGAGCUCGCUGUUCCGGAUCCUGGGGGGGCUGUGGCCAACCUAUGAAGGUGUCCUAUACAAGCCACCCCCACAUCGUAUGUUCUACAUCCCCCAGAGGCCAUACAUGUCCGUGGGGACCCUACGAGAUCAGGUAAUCUACCCCGACACAGUGGAAGAAAUGAGCCAGAAAGGGCAGACAACGGCUGACCUGGAACAGAUCUUGGACAUUGUUAACCUCAAUUAUAUUGUGCAGCGGGAAGGAGGCUGGGAUGCCGUCAGCGAUUGGAAGGAUGUGCUGUCCGGCGGCGAGAAGCAGCGGAUGGGAAUGGCUCGGAUGUUCUACCACAGACCCAAGUAUGCUCUCCUGGAUGAAUGCACCAGCGCUGUCAGCAUUGAUGUGGAAGGCAAGAUCUUCCAGGCUGCAAAGGAUGCUGGGAUAGCAUUGCUCUCUAUCACCCAUCGACCCUCCUUAUGGAAGUAUCACACGCAUCUCCUGCAGUUCGAUGGAGAGGGUGGCUGGCAUUUCGAAAAGCUGGAUCCUGCAGCCCGCCUCUCGCUGCGGGAAGAGAAAGAGCGCCUCGAGCAGCAGCUGGCCGGCGUCCCCAAAAUGCAGCAUCGGUUCGAAGAACUGUGUCAGAUCCUGGGCGAGGGCUCCAUCUCUGAAGCGGGACAGGUCUGAGAUCUGGGUGCACCCGAAGCAUUCCCUUCUCCUCCCCCGGCCUGGCUCAGCCACGUGCUUGAGAUGAAGGGUCGGGGCCACUGGGCCCUGGUGUCAAGAAACCACACAGGAGGAGGGGCCAGCUACCAUCACAGCCAAUCUCAGAGGAGCCGCAGUGGCCCCUGCCAGCCUCCCCUGUUUCCCAUCCACUUAGUAAACUUCUUUGGUUACCUGCCACAGUUUUGGGCUGGAAGGAAAGAAGCAGUCGGCCCUUUCUGGAGUCCGAGUGGAGGAUGCCUCCAAUGCAUCACAGUGCCUAAAGAUCCCAAGAUAGUCACCCCCUAGCUUUGCUUCUGGGGUUCCUGUGUGAAUUAUCUUGCUUUACUGCCAGUCUCUGAUAUUUUGGGGAGGGGAGUUAAGCUUCCAGCAGCUGCCCUUUCCACUUCAGAGGGCCCCAGGUUUUGGACGGACCAAAUGCAGCCUUCCUUUGCAAAACCAACCGCACAAAGUUUUGAUACGAGUCAAAGCCACAAUUGUGGCACCUUCCAAAGUUGUCGUUCAUUUAUUCGUUUUGGCCAUACCUAGACUGCAGCAGCCAACCGUGUGCUCUGCAGUGCCGAAACCUUGACAGCCACUUUGAGGAAGCAUUUGCUUGAGACUUCUUUCUCUGAGCAGCACUUUGGUGAAUGGACAGCUGAGAUGGCGAAACACACAUUGUUCUUGGCUCGCUGAUUUCAGCCAUCUUCAGGAAAGCUUUUUGAGAGUGUAAAGAUAGGAAAUAAGCUGCCUGAAAGAGCUUGCGUCCCCUCUUUCCAAUCUUUCUCUGCCUGGCAGGGCUUCCUGGCAACAUUGCAAAAGGUGGCCUAGCCCAUCAGCUUUGUUUGACACCCCAAUACAGCCAAUUAGCUUGCUCUAAAAAAAUCCUCUGUGACAUCUGGGGAUAUUGCGGAGUUCUUUUUAAGACAUGCUUGUAAGUUCAUGCAGUGCGAUUUCCUUGUCAGGGAAGCUGUGAAAAAGGUUUCUUUUCUGUUCAGAUGUUUUUGAAAAUUGCUUUCUCUAGGAUAAUGCAGGCCUUUCCCCGGGGGCUCUUCAGGAUAUAAAGUCCAGCCUGCGAGGCUUCUUAUACCUGACUGUCUUCAUUUGGGGCUUGUGUUUUCAGCUGAGUAGGCCUUCCUUGCCAAAACAGUGUUAUCGGGGUUGACUGCGGUGGCCACAGAAGAAUGUCCUGCAGUCCUGUUUCUUUUCACAAGUUUCUCGCUCAGACCUGUUGACAGUUGAGCCCACGUAGCCACCAUGGAGCACAUUUGCCAAGAAAUGUAAAGGCCUACCGAAAUUCUUCUGGCUAAAUUUUAUCUACCAAAUCCCAAGGGUGUGCUUAUCUAUAUAGGGAAAAAAGGCUUGGGCCAGCGGAGGUGCAGUGGUGUAACUUAGCCACCAAAGACGGACCGAAACAACUGAGUUACACCACGCAUCUCUUUAGUUCUUACUGCUGUGACGGGGGCCAGAAAAGCCCCCUUUGCUCUUCCGAGGAGAUGCUUGCUCGUUUACUUUGCUAGGCCUGUGUUUUUCUGCACAUAGAUGCUUCUGGAAUAUUAAGUAGAUGGUGGAGCUUUUCUCAUUAGAAAAGAAGAAGAAAAUGAGAGGAAGACUUGCUGCUAGUUUGUUUCCCACGUGAAAGUCCAGACCUGCAAAGUAUUCUGAUGUGCUGGCAGGUGUUUGAAAUGUAUAUUAGCUGUAGCCAUCGCAUUUAUUUUAAUCCCUAGAUGCCACCUUUUGUGGUCCGCUCCACCUUUUCCUCAACCUGCUUCUCUCUCAAAGGCCUCCAAGCUUCCCGCUUCCCUCUCUCAAGGCCUCCAAAUCUCCCUCAUCCCACCUCUGCCCCCCAAGACUCCCUCAGCUCACCUCUCUGCCCAAAGCCUCCCCCUGUCCACCUCUCUCCCAAGACCACCAAGACUCCCUCAGCUCACCUUUCUGCCCAAAGCCUCCCCCUGUCCACCUCUCUUCCAAGACCUCCAAGACUCCCUCUGCUCACCUCUCUCCUAAGGCCUCCAAGACUCCCUCGGCUCACCUCUCUGCCCAAAGCCUCCCCCUGUCCACCUCUCUCCCAAGACCACCAAGACUCCCUCUUCCCACCUCUCACCAAAGGCCUUGAAGCCUCCCUCCACCCACUUCUCCCCAAAGCCUUCUUCUGCUCCCCCAAAACCUCCAAGCCUCCCUCUGCCCACUUAGCCACCACCGCACCUUUCUCCACUGCCCAGGAUGACGACUGAUGUUUUGAUCUAGUCGCCACCAGCGCGCGUAAGGAUCCCGGCUGUCAGGACUGGCACCUUGGCUGCCAGCUCCCUCAGGGGACUUGGGAUUUUGAAGCUGUGCAUUCUUCUCUUGAGCCACACCCCUGCAUGUUUUGAGGAGUGAAUCAGUUCUCCAGCCUGUUUGAUGGGGGGAAUGUUGGGGGGAGCCUUUCCUACCUCACUUCCCACUUCCUCGGCUGCUUCACUUGGGCUGGAUCCACACGCUUCCAAGAAAGCAACGUAAUGAGGAAGAUCACAGUUGCAUUUAAGAGUGCUGGAGGGAGGGGGGGGUCGCUUUUCUUAAAUUCAAAACUCUCCAGGAGAGGGGCUGGCUACUACCCCCCUGCUUGGUGCACUAACUUCUAUUUGCAGGGGUGUAUUUAGGGUGGACAAACACUCCCCCCCCCCGGCUGCCUGGAGGGGUACAGUCCAUUCCGCCAUCUUGUUCUGUUAAUUACAUCGCUUUGGUCUGAGCCAUGCUCAAUACCUGUGGGUCACCGUGGGAAAACCAGAAGCCGCAGAACAAUCCCCCCCCCCCCCCCCCCCGAGAAGGAAAGGAAAAUUGUUCCAUGGCAUCUGCUUCUCUCUGCCACCCUGGAGGAGGACGUCUACCACCUCAGGACAUCUGUUUUCUCCCUCCAUGGCAUAAUUCACCUGUUACCCAGCAAAGCGGAGGUAAUAUAUCUGCCACCAGCUCAAGGUCCUCUGUUGUUUUCAUUCCUGAUCAGACCCUCUACCUCCGAUCAAAUCAGUUCAGACAAGCCAAGAGGCAAACGUGUCUCUGAACCUACCAGACCCUUCUCUUGCUGGUGAAAAAUGUUUGGGCUGCCUGUUGUGAAACUGUAUAAAUAUGUGACGGCAACAAGAACUUCUGGGUGUGUUUAUAACUGGGAGGCGGGUUCAGUUUUUAUUUAUUUAAUUCUUUGCCCUUCCAUCCGUUGACUUCAAUGGUAAAAGUGGUUGAAUUAUAUCAACGGAAUGUCUUUAUCUGUGAGAUAAUUUUCAAGAGCUACUUGUGAACUUUUUGGCCCAUCUUUGAAUCCUGCCAUUCACUGUAUAUCCUUGGAGAAAAAUCUAGCAAGCACAAACUACAAUUCAAUUGUGGGAAGUGGGGGGGUUGUUGGAGAAAGCGGGAUGGAAAAUGCAGUGUGAGCCUCCUGCUAUGGAAGCUUAACUACUGGGUCAAAAUAAAAGAUUCAUAUAACGGAAGGAGACUGUUCACAUCUGCCUGCCCUUGUGCCAGGAUUUUACAAACUAUGCAACAAAGACUCUUUUUCUCUGCUGUUUUGAACGUGCAAAAUUGCCACCCUGCUGUCCCCCCCUUCCCUGUGUUCUGACAGUGCCUUCAAUGCUGGCAAAAGCCAGCUCUUUUCAGAUGAUGAUAAUAAAAUAUUAUGGACUACAAA